AUGAAACAGCUUCAGGAACAUCCUUUGAGAACCAAGUCAAUUACUGCAGGGGUGUUGUCGGGGAUCAGUGAUAUAGUUCUCAGAAGCUUACUGGGACUUAGAAACUUCAAUUCAAAUGACUUUCUCAAAGUGUUUCAAUUAAUACUGGAAAAGAUUUUCGAAGGAAAGAAAGAUUCAAAAACUGUGGCAAAUAAGGUUCUGAUUGAACAAUUAACAUCUUCUCCUUUUAACAAUUUUCUUUUCAUGAUUUACUACGGAUUAGUUAUCGAAGGCCAACCUUGGGUGCAUGUGAAAGCUAGAGUGAAGAAGGGUUAUCCAUCGGUGCAAUAUGCAUCAUGGAUGGGGAAUAUUUUUGAACCUUCGAGCACGAUCUACGACAUUGACUAA